CAUUACAAGCACUGCCCCUGCUGGUCCGAGGCUACGAAAAAAUAUGGCGCGUUUUGUCCCAUACGGUAUCGUGCUUAUCGUUCUUUUUUCCGUCCCAACUCACUGUCAGAAGAAGAACGAAUCCGAGGGAGUGAUAUUUCUGGAAGAAUACGACACACGGGCGAAGGAACUACAGAACCGGGCCGUCAUCGCUGGCUGGAACUACCAGACCAACUUGACCGAAGAAAACGCUAAGAAACAGGUUGAACUCAACUUGGAGGUGGCAAAGUUUGCCAAAGAAGUGGCCACGGACGCGGCCGAGUAUGACUGGGAGAACUUCAGCAAUGCCACGGUGAAGCGACUGUUCGGUAUGAUCACCACCCUGGGCACGGCCGCACUGGAGGACGAAGAAAAACUAGAGGAGUUGAACAAUCUACUGUCGGAGAUGGAAGAGAUCUACAGCACGGGGAAGGCCUGCGAGUAUGACAACCCAGAAACGUGUCUGGAUCUCAACCCAGGAUUAGAAGACUGCAUGGCCGAAAGUACGGACUACGACAGACUGCUGUUCUGCUGGGAGGGCUGGCGGGACGCGGCCGGGCGGCGUCUCGGGGAUCUCUACUCCAAGUUCGUGGACCUCAGUAAUGAGGCCGUGGUAGCUGAUGGCUGGAGCGACACAGGUGAAUAUUGGCGCUCCUGGUACGAGACUGCAGACUUCCAGCAGCAGCUGGAGAACAUCUACCAGGAGCUGCAGCCGUUAUACCAGAACCUACACGCCUACGUCAGGCGCAAACUCAUUAACACGUACGGAGCAGAAAUGGUGAACGCAGAGGGGCCGAUUCCAGCACAUCUAUUGGGUAACAUGUGGGCUCAGACGUGGGGAAACAUCUACAACCUCGUCAUUCCGUUUCCCAACAAACCAAGCAUUGACGUAACGGAUGAGAUGGUCAGGCAGGGAUAUGACGCCUUGAGGAUGUUCAACCUGUCAGACCAGUUCUUCCGUGAGAUGGGGCAGAUCCCGAUGCCGGACAGUUUCUGGGACAGGACCAUGUUCGUCCGUCCUGACGACAGGGACGUGGUCUGCCACGCCUCGGCCUGGGACUUCUACCUGGACAACGACGUCAGGAUCAAGAUGUGCACGAAGGUGAACCAGGAGGACCUGGUGACGGUCCAUCACGAGAUGGGGCAUAUAGAGUACUUCCUGCAGUACGCGCACCAGCCGAUCCCGUUCAGAGAGGGCGCUAAUCCAGGGUUCCACGAGGCGGUGGGUGACUUGUUGGCGCUGUCCGUGUCCACCCCCGCCCAUCUCAACAAGAUCGGACUCCUCCCUGAGCUAGUGGACGAUCCAGAGGUUGACAUCAAUUUCCUGAUGCAAAUGGCCCUGGAGAAGAUCGCCUUCCUUCCGUUCGGCUAUCUGAUCGACCAGUGGAGGUGGAGGGUUUUCGAUGGAAGCAUCACACCGGACAAAUACAACGAGGAGUGGUGGAAACUGAGGACUCAGUACCAGGGCAUUGUACCGCCCGUACCGAGAAACCCCGAUAAGGACUUCGAUGCUGGAAGCAAGUACCACGUUCCCGCUAAUACUCCAUACAUUAGAUACUUUGUGAGUUUCGUCAUCCAGUUCCAGUUCCACGAGGCCAUGUGUAAUCUGUCAGGAUUUGCCGGGGCCCUGCACAAGUGUGACGCGUCCGCCGGACCCAUGAAGGAAACAGCGGGAAGCAAACUGGCUGAAAUGCUGAGGAUGGGAAAGAGCCAGCCCUGGCCGGAGGCGUUCGAGGUUCUGACCGGGCGCCGUGACAUGUCUGCCUCCGCCAUCCUGCAGUACUUCGCUCCUCUCAUCGACUGGCUGGAGAAACAGAACGAGAACGAGACGCUGGGCUGGAAUAAUGGCUGGACACCACCAUACGACUGUGAGGGAACAGGUGGCUUCAUGUGCCUUGACGGGUCCAGGUGCGUCCGGCCAGCCGACAGGUGUGACGGGAUCCAGGACUGUGACGACGACUCGGACGAGGACCCGAUCCUCUGUGACACGCCGUCCGAUGUGUCCUCGGGAAUGUCGUCAUCACUUGUUGUCGUCUUCUGGGCAGUACUGGCCUCGGCAGUGAUGACGUCAUGGGACUGAGAGGGCGAACACUGUCGACG